UUUAAGCAGUUUAGUCAAUCAGGUCAUUUGAAAAAUCAUUUGAGAGUGCACACUGGAGAAAAACCUCGCAAGUGUGAAAUAUGUUCUAAACAGUUUAACCAAGUAAUUAGUUUAAAAAUGCAUUUGAGAGCACAUACUGGGGAAAAACCUCAAGUGUGAAAUUUGUUUUAAGCAGUUUACUACAGCAAGUUAUUUGAAAACACAUGAGAGUGCACACUGAAGAAAAACCUCACAAGUGUGAAAUUUGUCUUAAGCAGUUUGCUACAGCAAAUCAAUUGAAAGUACAUUUGAGAGUGCACACUGGAGAAAAGCCUUACAAGUGUGAGAUUUGUUUUAAAGUGUUUUCUCGAAUUGAUGUUUUGAAAACCCACUUGAGAAUGCACACUGGAGAUAAACCUCACAAGUGUGAAAUGUGUUUUAAGCAGUUUAGUGAAGCUGGUCAUUUGAAAACACAUUUGAGAGUGCACACUGGAGAAAAAUCUCACAAGUGUGAAAUAUGUUUUAAGCAGUUUACCAUUGCAAGUAAUUUAAAAACACAUUUGAGAGUACAUACUGGAGAAAAACCUCAUAAGUGUGACAUUUGUUUUAAGCAGUUUACUACAGUCAAUCAAUUAAAAUUACAUUUGAGAGUACACACUGGAGAAAAACCCUACAAGUGUGAAAAUUGUUUUAAAGAGUUUUCUCGAAAUGAUAUUUUGAAAACCCACUUGAAAACGCACACGAGAAAACCCUCAUAAAUGUGAAAUUUGUUUUAAGCAGUUUAGUGAAGCAGGUCAUUUGAAAAGACAUUUGAGAGGACACACUGGAAGCUAGUUUUUGUGUUAUGUAAUAAAUAUGUAAAUUAUGCGAUGUAAAGUAUUGAUGAAUAAAUGUAUAAACUAUUGUAAA